AGUCAGCGCUUAGCAUUAAAUUAUGUUAAGACGACGAGUCAAUUGUCAGUAACGCGUAACAAGUUGUGCGAUUCGAAAUGAUUUUAAUAACAAAUCUGCUACUUUUAUUUUCAAUCGCAGCAGCCGUUUCACCGCUUCACAACAAAAUAGUUAUUUGCAAUUAUGAGGCAAAAUCACAUUUUUGGGAAGGGCAGGGAAAAUUCGACGUUUCGUUUUUAGAACCGGCUUUGCAAUACUGUACCCACUUGGUUUACGGUUAUGCCGCCAUCAAAGAGGACACCCUCAAAUUGGUUCCGCUUAAUGAGCAGUUCGAUGUCAUCAAGGAUAAUUAUAGACACGUUACUGAUUUGAAAAUCAAAUAUCCGAAUCUGAAGGUUCUACUUUCGGUUGGGGGCAAUGACGACGUGAGCGGGGAAGGUAACGAAAAGAAUUUGAAAUACCGCGAAGUACUGGAAACGGCAUCCAGAAGACUGGCUUUUAUAAAUUCAGCAUAUAUGAUAGUAAAAGCAUACGGAUUCGACGGCAUCGAUUUGGCAUGGGAAUUUCCCGAGACCGACCCAAAAAAGAUAAAAACAGGUUUCAAAAAAUUCUGGUCGUCGGUGAAAUCAGUGUUUACGUCCAAAUCGCCGAUAGACGAAAACGCGGAAGAGCAUCGAAACCAAUUCACAGCAUUAGUCCGCGAGCUGAAGAAUUCGUUCAAGCCCGACAAUCUUUUGGUUGCCCUCACCGUUCUACCCAACGUAAACAGCACAGUGUACUACAGUCCCAGGGAACUGGCACCUCAUGUCGACUUCGUUGUUUUGCACGCGUUCGACUUUUACACGCCUCAGAGAAAUCCGAAAUUGGCUGAUUUCCCCUCCCCACUCUAUGAGUUGAUCGACAGAAGAUCCGACGAAAACGUCGACGCGUGGGUUAAAUACUGGUUAAGUAACGGAUUCCCGCAAAACAAACUGGUACUCGGUAUUCCCGCCUACGGUAGGACCUGGAAGUUGGACGAGGAUGCCAAGGUCGACUCUGUACCACCGGAAGGUUUGCACGGACCCGGCGAGCCUGGCCCUCAGACUAAAGAUGCCGGUAUCCUAAGUUAUCCGGAAAUUUGCACCAAAAUCGAGAAACCACAAGAUUGGAACCCCGCCGCACCUAAUCAGUUUAAAAAAAUCCCAGAUUCCACCAAAAGGCGCGGUUCUUAUGCCUAUAAACUUCCUGACGAAACCGACGGCGGCGGUAUAUGGAUAGGAUACGAAGAUCCCGAGUCUGCGGCGAACAAGGCAACGUACGUCAGGAAUAAAGGACUGGCUGGGGUGGCCAUUGAUGAUUUGACUUUGGACGAUUUUAAGGGAGUUUGCGGUCCAAAUAAGUACGCAAUACUAAGAGCCGCAGUUUCUGCUUUGUAGACGAGCAUUUUGUAAUGAAAAUAUUUUUCCGUUUCGGUUGAGCAAUUGUCAUUGACUUUUAUCUCGACAAAUACAUAAUACUUAACACUACUUA